GGAGGUGUGACGUCAACGGACCAACAUGAUGUCAGUUUGACACUCGACAGCUCCCUUAUUAAAUCCUGCGCCUCCCCCUCAUUUUCUUUUCUUCCUACCAGAAUCUACUCAUCAUCAUCAUGGCCGAACAGGAUAUCUACGGCGGCCGGCUGUCACCGGGCCCUGUACCGGUCGACAGAGCCACAGAGCGUCUCUCCCACGGCCGCUCCGAGCAAGACAUCUACGGGCAACAUUUCUCUCAAACCUUUGACAGAGCACGCGACACGAUCCGCGAGCACAUCCCUCACCCUGGCGGUGGAGACCGAGGCAGCGGCGCAGAGCAAGACCUCUACAGCUCGCGCUUUGGCAAUGCUUUCGACAAAGCGAAGCAAAACAUCCCACACGUCGGCGAGCGACGCGGAGCCAGCGGCGCCGAGCAGGACUUGUACGGCUCGCACUUCCACACGGGGAGCAGCACGACUACGCUGGGUCUCGUCCAGAGCGCCGUCCUCCCUUCGUUUAGCUUCCAGGCUGCCUUCUCGACGAUCGCCUAUGGCGUCUCGCGAUACACGGGAAGGGCCGAGGGCAAGGACUGGUACUGGCCCACGGGUAUUACGCUCAACGCGUGGUGGAGCGCAAUCGGUGCGCGGGUCGUCAAUGACGGUCUUUCGGUUUCGACUGCGUGGUCGAUGCUCACGUACUCUGAGAAACUGCUUCUCGGCGGUGUUACCGCUUGGGGAGGACGUCUGCUGUACCGCAUUGCCAGCCGCAGCAUCAGCCGUGGACGCGAUGACCCUCGCUACGACGCCGUCAAGAAGGAUCCUGGGUUCUGGAAUAAGGCUCUCUACACCAUGUUCUGGCCUGAGGCUGUCGUGCAGACGCUCAUUUCGCUUCCGUUUGUGCUGCCCUUCCGUGCUCCUGCGGCGAGUAUCCAGGCCUCGCCCGUGACGUCGAAUGCGACUGCGUGGCACUCGCUUGCCGUCUUCUUGUUCUCGACUGGAUUUGCUAUUGAAGUCCUCGCGGACGCUCAGCUCGCUCACCACAAGAAGAGCAAGUCGACUGGUCUCUGCCGCGAGAAUGUCUGGAGUAUCGUCCGCCACCCCAACUACCUCGGCGACGCCCUCAUCCACGCCUCCUUCCCCAUCCUCCUAAUCGGCGCCGGCCUCUUCCACCCACUCGCGGCCCUCGGCCCCAUCGCCAACUACGUCUUCCUGCGCUUCAUCGGCGGCGACCGCGAGAACGAGCAGACGCAGGCGGAGCGCUACGAAAAGGAGGAUCCCGUCAAGGCGGUCGAGUUCCGCCAGUACCGCGAGGAUAAGAAUAGCUUUUGGCCAAAUGUGCGGGAGCUGGGCAAUAAGUGGAGUUGGGUUGUGCUUGCGGCUGGUGUCGGGGGUGUGUUGCUUGAGAACGUGGUGAGGUCGGUUUUGGCGUAAGCUGGAUUGAUUUUCUGUGAUAUGGUGCGUCGUAUAGGAGUUUUCUAUGUUUUAUGAUAAUGUACUUUUAUGAUUUGUUGAAAUGUUCGUAUCCUGAGUGAAAAGGGCUAGUAUCCAGUGACGCUACAUUGUGCUCGAUAAUAUACAAAGUACGGCGCUCUUG